CACGCGUUGCCCCCUCCAGAAGGCAUUCAGGACACGCCGCUUUCCGAGCAAUCAGCACAAUGGCUCAACGACGCAUCACAAACCCCGCUCUCUUUAUUUGCGACCUGCAGGAGAAGUUCCGCCCAGCGAUAUUCGAGUUUCCCAAGGUCAUCGCGACCACGCAGAAGCUGCUGCGGGCCGCCCGCAUCCUCAACAUCCCGGUCUUCGCUACUACGCAAAACAAGGCUCGCCUGGGGGAAACAUGCCCGGAGCUGGGGCUGGACGCCCCGGGUGGCAUAAAGACCCUUGUCCACGAUGACAAGACCGUCUUCUCUAUGCUAACGCCAGAAGUCCGCAAGGGCAUCGCCUCCCUCAACUCACGCCUCUCGUGCGUCAUCGUGGGGAUUGAGUCACACAUCUGCGUAACACAGACCACCCUCGACCUCCUCCGCGAAGGACAUAAAGUGUAUGUGAUUGCGGAUGGCGUGAGCAGCUGCAAUAAGGAAGAGGUGCCGAUUGCGCUGGCGAGGCUGCGGCAAGAGGGCGCUGUGGUUACAACGAGCGAAAGCUGGAUGUAUGAAUGCGUGGGAGACGCUGGAAUUGAAGAGUUCCGGCAAAUCAUCAGCGUAGUCAAGGAGACACAUCAGAGCACCAAGGAUGUCCUGCAGACCCUGUGCAAGAUCUGAUCGGAAGCGCGAUCCGGUCCCUGCGUCCAGUAUUGCAGGAACGUGACCAGGAAAGUAUAUUCGACCCUGUAUAUCAGUGCGUCGGUUUCGCCACCAUAGAGCCUUUAGUAUAAUUGGUGGAGCCUGGACGUUCUUCAAUAUAGCGUGUUAAUACCAAGAGCGUGUCUCUAAGUAAUGCUC